UGGGCGGGGCGCAGGCCAAGGCUGGGGAGUCGUCUGCGGCUGCGGAGUGUCUGUGUCUUCGGUUUGUUCUGCAGCUUCGGGUCUUCCGUGGGAUGCGUGUCCCAGCUCUGUUCUCGGUGGCUGUCGUCACGCAGGGCUCACACCGUCCGCCUCCUGCAUGGGCCUGAACAGCCUGUCUGCGCACAAGCCGUGACAUUUAAAAAUAUAUAACCAUUUAUGAGUUGAGCCUCAUUCUUGAGUUAUGGAUGACAAGGCUUCUGUUGGAAAAAUCAGUGUCUCCUCAGACUCAGUAUCUACUCUUAAUAGUGAAGAUUUUGUCUUGGUUUCCAGGCAAGGAGAUGAGACACCAUCUACAAAUAACGGGAGUGAUGAUGAGAAGACUGGACUAAAGAUUGUAGGGAAUGGAAGUGAGCAGCAGCUGCAGAAAGAGCUCGCAGAUGUGCUGAUGGACCCUCCCAUGGAUGACCAGCCAGGGGAAAGGUCACAGCCAGAUGGUGAAGGAGAUGGGCCUCUUUCUAAUCAACUCUCAGCUUCGUCUACCAUUAACCCUGUGCCACUAGUAGGACUUCAAAAACCAGAGAUGAGUUUGCCAGUGGAACCUGGACAAGGAGAUUCUGAAGUGUCAAGUCCUUUCACACCAGUGGCUGAUGAGGAUAGUGUGGUUUUUAGUAAACUAACUUACUUAGGCUGUGCCUCAGUAAAUGCUCCCCGGAGUGAAGUGGAAGCCUUGAGGAUGAUGUCCAUCUUGAGAAGUCAGUGUCAGAUUUCUCUGGAUGUGACCCUCUCAGUGCCAAAUAUAUCUGAAGGAACUGUGAGACUUUUAGAUCCUCAGACCAAAACUGAAAUAGCAAACUACCCUAUCUACAAGAUCCUCUUCUGUGUCAGAGGACACGAUGGUACCCCUGAAAGCGACUGUUUUGCAUUCACUGAAAGUCACUAUAAUGCAGAGCUCUUCAGGAUACAUGUAUUUCGCUGUGAAAUACAAGAAGCUGUAAGCCGGAUCCUUUACAGUUUUGCCACUGCCUUCCGCCGUACUGCCAAGCAGACCCCACUCUCAGCCACUGCCACACCGCAGACUCCAGACAGUGACAUUUUUACCUUCUCUGUGUCUUUAGAAAUAAAAGAAGAUGAUGGUAAAGGUUAUUUUAGUGCUGUUCCCAAGGACAAGGACAGGCAAUGCUUUAAACUUCGACAGGGAAUUGAUAAGAAGAUUGUCAUCUGUGUGCAGCAAACAGCUAACAAAGAACUUGCCAUUGAAAGGUGCUUUGGUCUUCUCCUUAGCCCAGGAAAAGAUGUCCGAAAUAGUGAUAUGCAUUUGUUGGACUUGAAAAUUCAACAUAGGACUUUGAGAGAUCAUCAAGAUAAAAAUGAAUAUAAGGUUUUAGAGAGCCAUUCAGAUUUCAUUAAUGGUUUGCUGUUUCAUCCCAGAGAAGGCCAACCAGUUGCAAGAGAGUCUAUGGGCAAAAGUUCAGAUGGCAAGUCAUAUGUUAUUACUGGAAGCUGGAAUCCAAAAUCCCCACAUUUUCAAGUUGUGAAUGAAGAAACUCCUAAAGAUAAAGUGUUGUUCAUGACAACAGCUGUGGAUUUGGUGAUAACAGAAGUACAGGAGCCCGUUCGUUUUCUUUUGGAGACGAAAGUUCGAGUUUGUUCGCCUAAUGAAAGGUUGUUCUGGCCCUUCAGCAAACGCAGCACUACUGAAAACUUCUUUCUGAAACUGAAGCAGAUAAAGCAAAAGGAGAGGAAGAAUAAUGCUGAUACUUUAUAUGAAGUUGUGUGUUUGGAAAGUGAGUCAGAGAGAGAGAGGAGGAAAACUACAGCCAGUCCUUCAGCUCGCCUGCCACAGUCUGGAUCUCAGAGCUCCAUGAUUCCCUCUCCUCCGGAAGAUGAUGAAGACGAAGAUAAUGAUGAACCUCUCUUGAGUGGAUUUGGUGAUGUAUCCAAAGAAUGUGCAGAAAAAAUUCUUGAAACAUGGGGAGAACUACUGUCAAAAUGGCAUCUCAACUUGAGUGUGAGACCGAAGCAGUUGUCAUCCUUAGUGAGAAGUGGUGUCCCAGAAGCUCUUCGUGGAGAAGUCUGGCAGCUGCUAGCUGGCUGCCACAACAAUGAUCACUUAGUAGAAAAGUACCGAAUUCUCAUCACAAAGGAAUCUCCCCAAGACAGUGCUAUCACAAGAGAUAUUAACCGCACCUUUCCAGCUCAUGACUACUUCAAGGACACAGGAGGAGAUGGACAAGAUUCCUUAUAUAAAAUAUGCAAGGCAUACUCUGUGUACGAUGAAGAAAUUGGUUACUGCCAGGGCCAGUCCUUCCUCGCGGCUGUGCUGCUUCUCCACAUGCCCGAAGAACAGGCAUUCAGUGUUCUGGUAAAGAUCAUGUUUGACUAUGGCCUCAGGGAACUUUUCAAGCAAAAUUUUGAAGAUCUACAUUGCAAGUUCUACCAGUUGGAGCGCCUCAUGCAGGAAUACAUUCCUGACCUGUACAACCACUUCCUGGAUAUCAGCCUUGAAGCACACAUGUACGCCUCCCAGUGGUUUCUUACACUUUUCACUGCAAAAUUCCCUCUCUACAUGGUCUUCCAUAUCAUCGACCUGCUCCUCUGUGAGGGAAUAAGUGUCAUUUUUAAUGUCGCCCUUGGAUUACUAAAGACUUCCAAGGACGACCUGCUGCUGACAGACUUUGAGGGUGCCUUGAAGUUCUUCAGGGUUCAGCUCCCUAAAAGGUAUCGCUCAGAAGAAAAUGCAAAGAGGCUUAUGGAGCUGGCCUGCAACACGAAGAUUAGCCAGAAGAAGCUGAAGAAGUAUGAAAAAGAGUACCACACCAUGAGGGAGCAGCAGGCCCAACAAGAAGACCCCAUUGAGCGGUUUGAGCGGGAGAAUAGGCGGCUGCAAGAAGCUAACAUGAGGUUGGAACAGGAAAAUGAUGACUUGGCUCAUGAGCUGGUCACUAGCAAGAUUGCACUGCGGAAGGACCUGGAUAAUGCAGAGGAAAAGGCAGAUGCACUGAAUAAGGAGUUGCUGAUGACCAAACAGAAGCUGAUUGAUGCAGAAGAUGAGAAGAGGCGGUUAGAAGAGGAGUCUGCACAGUUAAAGGAAAUGUGCCGCCGGGAACUUGACAAGGCAGAAUCAGAGAUUAAAAAAAACAGCUCUAUCAUUGGUGACUAUAAGCAGAUUUGUUCUCAAUUGAGUGAAAGACUGGAGAAGCAGCAGACAGCCAAUAAAGUUGAAAUUGAGAAAAUUCGGCAAAAGGUAGAUGACUGUGACCGCUGCCGAGACUUCUUUAAUAAAGAAGGGAGAGUGAAAGGUACCAGCUCAGCCAAGGGGGUUUCAGAUGAGGACAUGGAUGAAGAAAAAGAGGCACUCAAGAACCAGCUGCGGGAGAUGGAGCUAGAACUGGCCCAGACCAAACUACAGUUGGUAGAAGCCGAGUGCAAGAUCCAGGACUUGGAACACCACUUGGGCCUUGCCCUCAGUGAGGUGCAGGCAGCCAAGAAGACCUGGUUUAACCGCACACUGAGCUCCAUAAAGACAGCAACUGGAGUUCAAGGGAAAGAGACAUGCUGAGAAUAGCUGCUGCCUCCAGACACCUCCAGAAAACAUACCACCUUUGGUUGCCUUCUUUGGCCAGAUGUGUGAUUCUGUGACAUGUUCCAGGACCAGAAUGUACCUAGCUCAGAGCUGUAUAGCAAGUUGGUAGGUCAGUGGGCCAGGGCUCCUGCAGCAGGCUGCCAGCCCCACUGAUGCUCUGGACAUGCACCCGCCUGAGGGCCAUCCAGGCCUCUGCCGUGUACAAGCACCUCACCCAGUUAGAGUUGAGGCAUCCUACAAUGUGUUAGUUUUUUGUUUUGUUUUCUAAACCUUUUAUUUAAAAAGACAAGAAAAAUACACACACACACAACUAGGUUAGGGGCAAGGAUUCAUUCAUUGCUGGCAGAAGUCCCCAGAGAGACGAGAAGCACUUUGUUUGAGUAGAAGAGCUUUGUAGUAAUGGCUCAAGUCACCUAAUUUUGUUAAUUAGUAAAGUAAACAGGUUUUGAUUUGGCGUUAUUCACAUUUCUGAGCAAUUCUAUGCAACUCUCAUAGUCCUGUCUUUUUUUUUUUUUUUUUUUUUUUUUUUAAAGCAUUAGCUGCCAAAACAACUUCAGAAGGCAGGCAUGGGCCACAUGACUGUGAGAUUGAAUCAAUCAUGAUGUGGACAGCUCUUACUUUGUUUAAUGUGUCCUGUGUACAUAUGUAUGUGGGUGUGUACUAGUAUAACUAUAUAGAUAUAUAUAUAUAUA